CGCGGUCUCUUUACAAAGCGUACCGAAUUAAUGUACAAAUCGUUAGCUGAAAUAAUGAGGGAAAAAAUUAUUGUUUUGAUUUAGAAAAAAACAACAACCUAAUACAUUCGCAAAACAAAAGACAUACAAUGUGAUCUUGAUAUGGUGCAUUUGUUUUAAGGAAAGACGACAAAAUCGCCAACCGAAACAAAAGUUCAUUGUUUAACAAAUAAAGCCAAAUGACGAUCUUACAUAACACGCCCAACGUGGGGCAUUUUUAUUAUUUCCUAAAAGUAGAGGGAAAUCGAAAAAAGUUUGUAAAAUGAUCCAUACUCUUCGCGUAACUAUUAGAGGGAAAUGUGCUAAGCGAAUAAGAGUGUUUAAAAUUAAUUUUAUUUGUUUAAAAAAAAAGUGAAUCUCGAAAAAGUUGAACUCUGGUUUACUGUUGUGUUAGUGUUCCUGUGUAACAUUAUAAUUAAACUUUACGAUGUCUCAAAAGUCACCUGAAUCGCGAAACUGAACUUCUACUUUUAUUUUCCACAUCGUUGUACCAUGGCACCCAAUAGCAAACCAGGAGAAUUAAAAUCUAUUAAAGAUGACCACAAAUAUAGCGAUACAUAUUUAAAGUUACCCUCCGAAAUAGGCACCGAUUAUACAUUCAAAAGAAAAGUAGUUUGGUUUAAUGCGAUAGGAUUCCUUUUUCUACAUCUAGCAGCCGUCUACGGUUACUAUUUGUGCGCUUUUCGCCGCCCCCACCCCCUGACUAUUCUCUGGAUGUCAGUCCUAACUUUCGGCAGUGGGAUAGGAGUCACGAUGGGGGCCCAUAGACUGUACUCACACAAGUCAUUUAAGGCCAAAUGGCCCCUCAAAGUUGCAUUAAUCCUCCUACAAACAGUUGCCGGACAAAAUUGCAUGUACAUAUGGGUCAGAGACCAUAGACAACACCAUAAAUACAGCGAUACAGAUGCGGAUCCCCAUAACGCAAACCGAGGAUUCUUCUUUUCGCAUAUUGGCUGGCUAAUGAGUAAAAAACAUCCCGCGGUAAUUAGUAAGGGCAAAACAAUUGACAUGUCCGACCUGGAAGCGGAUCCGCUUGUCAUGUUCCAGCAAACAUUUUAUAAUCCCCUCUACAUAAUUUUUGCUUUGGCUUUGCCAAUAGCUAUACCGGUGUAUUUUUGGGGUGAAACUUAUUGGAAUUCGCUGUUUAUCAGUUAUUUCGGAAGGUACAUGUUACUCCUCAACAUCACGUGGUUGGUAAACAGUGCCGCACAUUUGUAUGGUACCAGACCAUUUGAUAAGAACCUUAAACCAGUCGAAAGUUCCCUGGUGGCAUUUCUAUCGAUAGGGGAAGGUUGGCACAAUUACCAUCAUGCUUUCCCAUGGGACUAUCGUGCUGCGGAACUGGGAUCUAAGUACAGUGUGACCACUUUCCUUAUAAAUUGUUUGGCGGCCGUAGGAUUGGCUUACGACUUAAAAACCACCCCCUACAACAUGAUACAAUACAAGGCUUUACGGGUAGGCGAUGGUACACAUCAUAUUUUUGGAAAAAUCAAAAGGAAGAACGACGUUCCUACUAAAGAAAGUUCUGAAGAUAACGCGAAAGACGACGAGUCCAAUAAAAAUCAGUCUCAACGGUUAGUGGAAGCUAACAAGGGUUGAUACUAAAUUAAAUUACACAAGAAAUAGAAAUGUGUCUUCAAAUGAGAGCUUUUUCCUCUACUUCUUUUAUAUUGUGAUAUGAAAAUUAUGUAUAUAUAAUGUACCUUAAUUAAUAAAUGUAAGUAUUUAAGUCAUAUAUUGUGAA